AUGCCUCCCGUUGCUACCGAGAAUGCUGCGACCGAAGCCGCCAAGGUCGAGACUCCUGCUCCGUAUCUUAGCACCAUGCCGGACAAUGACUUCAGCUGGCAGAUUACUCUGGGCCAGAAGGUUGUCGCCAUCACCGGUGCCAACCGUGGCAUUGGCCUUGGUAUUGCGGAGGUGUGUCUGGCCAACUCGGCCAAGAUGGUUUACUCUCUGGAUCUGAUGGAGCCCGGCGAGGACUUUGCAGCUCUGCAGAAGCGCUAUCUCAACUUCAAAUUCAUUCAGACCGAUGUUACCUCGGAAGAGAGCGUGGAAAAGGCCAUCAAUCAGGUUGUUAAGGAGACUGGUCGCAUCGAUGGUCUUGUGGCCAAUGCUGGCAUGACCAAGCACCAACCUGCUCUGAAGUUCGAUCGCUCCGAGCUGGAAAAGCUGUUCAAUCUUAACGUUUACGGCGCCUACUUCUGCGCCCAGAUUGCUGCUCGCAAGUUCAUCGAGCUCGGAAUCAAGGGCUCUAUUGUGAUGACCUCUAGCAUGACAUCCUACCGUCCUAACCGAGUAAUUUACUUCGAACAUUCUUUGUGA